AUAGAGAGAAGAGAGAGAGUGGAAACCGUCUGCUUUUGCUAGUAUUACUAAUUUAUUUUUCAUGCAAGGACCGAGGAAGAGGAAGAAGAAGAUGAGAAGGCGGAAACAACAAGCCAAUAUGAUCAUCACUUUCUCUCUCUAUAAUACAUCCUCUUUUUUGUACAUAUAUACGUCAGUUUCAUCUCCACUCUUACAUAUGAUGCUGAAUUCAUCACCUGUCGGUUAAAUCGCCUAUCCUUCCUGGAAAUUCGACUUUAAAUCUGCUAUCGUCGUCAAAAACGCCAGAUUUGGACCGGCUGAUAUGGGAGAUACCGAGAGCUGUGGAAGCAGAGCUUCGGAGGCGUACGCGGAUUCGUCUGGUAAUUUGAAGGAUAGACAGAAGGUUGAGGUUUAUCAUUAUGUUCUUAGGAAACUUAGAGAUUCAGGUAACAAGGAGGCGAGUAGGCCUGGUUUUGAGGAUGAUCUAUGGACUCACUUUAGUCGACUUACGCCCAGGUAUGCAGUUGAUGUUAAGAAGGUAGAUAGAGCAGAAGAUGUUCUUAUGCAUAAAAGAUUGUUGGAUAUAGCUACUACUGGACCUGCCAUUGAGGUUCGCCUUGUGCAGAGUAAGCAUACCUCUGGAAUUUCUUACUUACAGGCUAAUAAAGCACCUGAGUUGAACUACAGUGAUAUGACUAGUUCAAGCACUAGAAUCAAAGUGGAAGUCCAAAAUGCUGGCAGAAAUUAUCUACCACCUGCAUUCUGCUCAUCCCAAUCUCUUGAUUUAUCAGUCACAAAAAACAAAUUAAAUGGUCAAAUAGGUGAAGGCAAUGCCAGUUCCCAUUCUUCUUGGAACUUGCAUGAAAUUACGAUUUCAUCACUAGACAAACCAAAGUUCCUUUCACAGUUUACUUCCUUGUUAUCUGAUAGUGGACUGAAUAUCCAAGAAGCUCAUGCAUUUUCAACUCUAGAUGGUUAUUCCUUGGAUGUAUUUGUUGUUAAUGGUUGGGAUAAGAAACCAGAGCAGCUCAGAAGUUUGUUGAUGAACGAAAUUCGGAAGAUUGAGAAGGUAUCUUGGUCAAAGCAAAGAGAGGGUGAGCCUACUUACACCCAUCUGAAAGCCCUUAAUAAUGGUGUUGAUGAUGUCUGGGAAAUUGAUCCCGAGCUUUUGAAAUUUGAGGACAAGAUUACUUCUACAUCGCAUUCUGACAUGUACAAAGCUACUUUUCUUACUCAGGAUGUGGCUAUCAAAAUCGUUAAGGCUGCAUAUCUAAAUGAUGAUGUAAUGAGGGAGUUUAGUCAGGAAGUCUAUAUACUCAGAAGAGUUCGGCACAAGAAUAUAAUACAGUUUAUAGGUGCAUGUACUAGACCUCCAAACCUAUUCAUUGUUACGGAAUUCAUGCCAGGUGGAAGUGUGUAUGAUUUCAUACAUAAGAAAAAAAGUGUGUUUAAGUUUCCAGGGUUACUCAAAGUAGCAAUUGGUGUUUCAAAUGGGAUGAGCUACUUGCAUCAGAACAAUAUUAUUCACAGGGAUCUGAAGAGCGGUAAUCUUCUAUUGGAUGAAAAUGAGGUUGUUAAGGUGUCUGAUUUUGGUGUCGCCAGAGUGCAAACAGAAUCUGGAGUGAUGACUGCUGAAACUGGAACAUAUCGUUGGAUGGCUCCUGAGGUUAUUGAACACAAGCCAUACAAUCGCAAAGCUGAUGUCUUCAGCUUUGGAAUUGUAUUGUGGGAGCUCUUAACAGGAAAGCUACCUUAUGAACGUUUGACCCCAUUACAAGCAGCUGUUGGAGUUGUUAAAAAGGGCUUAAGACCUAUAAUACCUAAACAUGUCAAGCCGGAGUUGGUGGAACUGCUCGAAAGAUGUUGGCAACAAGAUCCAUCUCUUAGACCUGAAUUCUCCGAAAUAACAAAGAUACUACAGAACAUUUCUAAUGAGGUAAAGGAAGAAGAUGAAAGGGCUAGCAAAAGGAGGAACCAAUUCUGAGAAAUGCAAAUGCACAGACUUGUAAAAUAGCUGGUAGGU